AUGAAAAAUGCCUUUACACAGUGUCGUGUGAAAAGGCUAUCAAAAUCGUCAUUUGAAGAAGCAGAAAGAGAACUAGAUAGUAUGCUUAACAGAAGCGACACCGACAUUGAUGAUGAGAGAAAAAGACAAAAGGCUACAGUUACAACAAAAGAAAGGGAAUCACAGACAUUUUGGAAUGGCGACGAAAUCCUUCACGUCGAUAAGCGCUUUUACUGGGCACUCUUUCGAGUAUUGUCUCCCGAUGAAGCACUGAGGGUGGAGCUGCUUGAACAGACACUACAGGACGCUUGGGAUGUGAUUGCCGUUUACAGCUACAAGAUGAAUAAGCUUGUGACAGAGCGCUAUAUCUCUAUCUAUGAUAGGCUCUUCGCUAUUUAUGAUCAUCCCGAACCGAUUUACAUCGAGAUGGAACUCCUUUACAAACCACCGCACAUGCCAUUGAAUGCUCCAAGGUUCGAAGAGGUAGUUUUCCGCACUAAUCAACCUUCAACAUCCAGAGCACAUGCUGUAAUACCAUUCGUACACCGCAGAUCCAUGCCUGCAUCGAUCCCAGGCUCUUCUCGAAGCUCUGCAAUGUGCUCUAAUAUGGAAAAUGUGCAAGCACUGGAAAAUAUGGUGCCUGCAUCGAUCCCAGGCUCUUCUCGAAGCUCUGCAAUGUGCUCUAAUAUGGAAAAUGUGCAAGCACUGGAAAAUAUGGUGCCUGCAUCGAUCCCAGGCUCUUCUCAAAGCUCUGCAAUGUGCUCUAAUAUGGAAAAUGUGCAAGCACUGAAUAAUAUGGAGCAAAAUAUUGCUACUAUAGAUCACUCGCUGAAACGUGAGGAAACGGUAUUCGAUAUAGAAUCGGGAGAUGAGUCUCGAACUAGCAGGAUCAGAAAUGUAGGCAGACUCAUUCUAAAACGUGGUUUCUCAAUGGGCACUGAGAAGGUGGUCACCAUUUCCGAGCGUAAGCGCACUUCCACCUUCAGGAAUAUAAGAUCAUUCGUACGGUUCGGCCGCAAUCGCGGCGGUCAGAGCCGCGGCGAUGAGGAACAGGGGCUGCUUGAUAUGCCGGGCCCUUCUACUUCAACUGAACAAGAUCCAGUCGUACGCCAGGACUCGAUAUCACCGGAUGAUAUUAUCAUCGGAACCCACUCGUCUGUUAAUACACCAAGGCGUAGGAAAUUAUUCAGCGAUGCCGAUACUUCUGGUCUUGCUGCUCUUAAAGCAGCCGACUACCAAGUAUGCAUAACGAUUAUCGAGGCCCGCCAGCUUGCAGGGCUGAACAUUGAUUCAGUAGUUUGCGUCCAAGUUGGAGACACACGCAAGUAUACUAGUGUCAAAGAGAGCACCAACUGUCCUUUUUACAAUGAGUACUUCGUAUUCGACUUCCACAUCCCACUUAUAAUGCUAUUAGACAAGAUGAUCACCCUUUCGGUGCUACAAUCGCGCAACAUUCUGCGUGCUAACAAAGUACUCGGCGUCUUCAAGAUAGACGUCGCCACUGUAUGGAACCAACCAGAUCAUCAGUUCUACCACAAAUGGGCUCUUCUCACCGACCCGGACGACGCGACUUCAGGUGUAAAAGGUUACCUAAAAUGUGAUAUAGCUGUGGUGGGAAAAGGUGACAAGAUCAAAAUACCUCCCAUCAGCGAAAAAGAUGAAGACGAUAUUGAGGCAAUGUUUAAUUUGCCAACCGGAAAAAACUAA